AUGAUUGUAAUCAAGAACGUGGAGUCUCAAACCCCGGUCAGGACUAAGAGACAGCGGGCGAACAGGAUCAAGUGGGGCUUCCUGUUGGGCCUGAUGGUGCUCAUCUAUGGUUCUCAUGCGCCGCUUAUCACUCUCACCAAAGUAGACGGUCGAGUCCCAUUCAACGCCUCCUCCUGCGUCCUCAUGAUCGAGCUGGCCAAGCUGCUCAUCUCCCUGCUGAGCCUGGUUUUCACAGGCGUAACGUCGAUACCGCGGUCUCCUCCACGUCUCAUUGCCCCUUACGCGAUCCCCGCCGUGCUGUACACCUUAAACAACAACCUGGUUGUCGUCAUGCAGGCCUACAUGGACCCGAGCUCAUUUCAAAUACUCUCUAAUCUGAAAAUAGCUUCGACCGCUCUGCUGUACUCCGCCUGUCUGGGGAAGAGGCUGCGGUCUGAGCAGUGGUUCGCCCUGGGGCUCCUCACGGCUGCGGGGGGCUUCCACAGCUACAGCAGCCUGGAUCUACAAGGCCCUGAUAGGAUUGACGUCGAUGAGGGUCCCAGGCUUCACAUCACUGCUUGGGGUCUUUUUCUUGUGCUGGUUUAUGCCGGUGUGUCGGGGCUGGCAGCAGUUUACACAGAGAGGGUGCUGAAGAGCCAAAGGCUGCCCCUCAGCGUACAGAACCUCUACCUCUAUAUGUUUGGAGUGGCAAUCAACGGGCUGUCCUCUCUCUCCUCCAUAGGAAGUGACCAAGGGUUUCUGGAGGGCUACUCGGGGGUGGUGUGGGCUAUCAUCGCAGGACAGGCAGCAAAUGGACUUCUGAUGUCUGUGGUGCUCAAACACGGUAGCGGCAUCACCAGACUGUUUGUCAUUUCCUGCUCCAUGCUGGUUAAUGCGCUGCUGUCCUGGGCCAUCUUAGGCUUACAGCUCACUCCUUUGUUUCCUCUACCUUGUACUCUGAUUGGAUUGGCAGCUUACCUUUAUUACAGAUAG